UGUUCACCUCCGACCUGACAAUAUGAAACUGAUCCUGAUCUCCGCUCUUUUCGGCUUUGCCGCCGCGGCGUACGCCCCAUCAGCUUACCCUGAACAGUCCAACCGCCCUCAGGCCUCCUUCGAGAAGAAUGCUAGAAUCAUCGCUCUGGACUCCGACGUGAAAGAAGAUUCCUUCAGAUACAACUACGAAACUGAGAAUGGCAUCAAGGCUGAGGAGCAGGGCCGUGAGGCUGACGGUAUCGAGGCUCAGGGUGGCUUCCAGUACACCGGUGAUGAUGGCCAGGUCUACUCCAUCAGCUACGCCGCAGGUCAGGGUGGUUUCCAACCCCAGGGUGCUCACAUCCCCACCCCUCCCCCAGUACCUGAAGAGAUCCUGAAGGCUCUGGAGCAGAACGCUCGUGAUGAGGCCGCUGGCAUCAUUGAUGAUGGUCAGUACAACCCUGGCAAAUACGGUGACGCCGCCAGCGCUGGUGCCGCCUACCAACAACCCCAGUUCGCUAGAGCACAGGCUGGAUACAGACAAACUUACAAAUACUAAGCAUGACCAUAACAUAUCAGUAUUUAGCUAUAUUUCAUUUUAUAAAACAAAAAAUAUAAGUAGAGCAACUUUUGUGCCAUUUGCAUUGCACACACACCUGUAACGUAACAAUCUAAUUGGUGUUCGCAUUUCAAAAAUGUGAAGGUCAAGCACGCACACUAGUAACACAGUGUAGGAAUUUGACGAUAAAACAAAUGCAGAAUGUAAUGAC